UCUGCGCUGGGCAGCAUGAACGGGCACAGCCGGAACGGGAAGGGCCAUGCCCCCCGGCGGAAGCACCGCAACCGUUUUGUGAAGAAGAACGGCCAGUGCAACGUCUACUUUGCCAACCUGAGCAACAAGUCGCAGCGCUACAUGGCCGACAUCUUCACCACCUGUGUGGACACGCGCUGGCGGUACAUGCUUAUGAUCUUCUCUGCCGCCUUCCUGGUCUCCUGGCUCUUCUUCGGCUUCCUCUUCUGGUGCAUAGCUUUCUUCCAUGGCGACCUCAAUGCACCGGUGGUGGGAGGCAGUCCCUCUCUCCUCAAGCCCUGCAUCAUGCACGUGAACAGCUUCCUAGGGGCUUUUCUUUUCUCAGUGGAGACACAGACAACCAUUGGGUACGGCUUCCGCUGCGUGACUGAGGAGUGCCCGCUGGCUAUCAUGGCAGUUGUGGUCCAGUCCAUCGUGGGCUGCGUUAUUGACUCCUUCAUGAUUGGCACUAUCAUGGCCAAGAUGGCAAGGCCCAAGAAGCGGGCCCAGACCCUCCUCUUCAGUCACCAUGCGGUCAUCUCUGUGCGGGAUGGCAAACUGUGCCUCAUGUGGCGGGUGGGCAACUUGAGGAGGAGCCACAUCGUGGAGGCCCACGUCCGAGCCCAGCUCAUCAAGCCCUACAUGACAGAGGAAGGGGAAUAUCUCCCCCUGGACCAGCGGGACCUAAAUGUGGGCUACGACGUGGGCCUUGAUCGUAUAUUUUUGGUCUCACCCAUUAUUAUUGUUCAUGAGAUUGAUGAGGAGAGCCCGCUCUAUGGGAUUGGCAAGGAGGAGCUGGAGACAGAGAACUUCGAGAUUGUUGUUAUCCUGGAGGGGAUGGUGGAAGCCACAGCCAUGACCACACAGGCACGAAGCUCUUACCUCGCUAGUGAAAUCCUUUGGGGUCAUCGUUUUGAACCAGUUGUGUUUGAGGAGAAGAACCACUACAAAGUGGAUUAUUCGCGCUUUCACAAGACCUAUGAGGUAGCCGGCACGCCUUGCUGCUCAGCCCGGGAGCUGCAGGAAAGCAAGAUGACUAUCCUACCUUCUCCCCCACCUCCCAGUGCCUUCUGCUAUGAGAAUGAGCUGGCUCUUGUCAGUCAAGAUGAAGAUGAAGACGAUGAUGAAGUGGGUGUCGUGUUAGGGGGCAGCACCAAGGAGGAGGGAGGCGUCAUCCAGAUGAUGGAUUUUGGAAGCCACCUGGACCUGGAGCGGCUCCAGGCAACUCUGCCCCUAGAUACAAUCUCAUACCGCAGGGAGUCAGCCAUCUAA